AUGGAGCUUUGCUACGUCAGCUUCUAUCUCCCAAAGGGGAAAGUCAGAGGGUUCACAUACAAGGGCUGUGUAACUCUGGACAAAUCCAGCAAACAUUAUCAUCGCUGCUAUCGAGUGAGCGAAGGCUCGGAGGCAGUAGGAUCGAGAGGGCAGACCUGUGAAAACAUUGGAGACAUCUUCUUCAAGCAAACAACUACUAAGGAUAUUCUCACUGAGUUGUAUAAACUGAAUGCUGAGAAGGAGAGGCUGUUGGCUACUCUCCUUAGCUCAAGCCACAUUCUAGGUGUUAAAAUGGGGAACCAGGAAGGGAAGCUGCAAGACAUUUCUGAAAGCCUGAAAUAUAGCCAUGAUGGCAGACAGGGUUUCAAGGAUCAACAAGAGUCUCUUUCGGGAUCUAUGGAGAAGAGGUCCACUCCAAAAAACAAAAAAACGAGGAGAUUCAGCAAACGGAGAGAGAGCAUUGAGGACUUCAUAAACAAGAAAAUGAAAAGGAAGACACCUGGCGUUUUGGAGCCGCCAGCAUUAAACAGCAAAGCAAUGUUGUUGGGAAAUGAUAAAUUUCUUUCUGCCAAAUAUUCCAGCUCAUUUGCAUGUUCUCGUCAGGAGAAGGUGGAAGACAAAGAUGGUUUAUCAUCAGAUGUGAAUAAACUAGCAGAAGGAUCAAGGAGAGAGUGGUAUUUGCUUGAGAACAGCCGGGCUUUGGGGUCUGAUACGGAUCUCUCUGUUUCUUUCUCUGAGUACGACAAUGAUGUGUUUGGACACUGUUUUGCACACAGCCAUAGUCUGCUAGAUGAUGUAGAGGACACCCUUAAAGGGAUCCAGGUGCAGCAGAGCAGCCCAUCGCGGACCUCUUUCCAGGGAACGUCAACCAAUGAAUCUGAGGCUUUUGAGAAGACCUCAGCCUCUGAAAUGGUGCACGGUUAUGAGCGUAUUGCAGGAAACUGCAAAAGCAAGCCUCACGUUGGAGGCGUCCCAAAAGCGGAAGUCUCUGAAUGCUACCUGCAGAACGUUGAACGCGCCUCUGUGGAAUACUGCAAAGUACCUUAUGCCUCAAGUGAGGGGAGCAAAGAAUCAGUCGGUUCUGGUUUCGCCAUUGUCACACAGGAGAAAGAGCAGAAAGGCUAUCUUCCACAACAUAAAGGAGAACAAGACCAUGUUAUUGACGACUCGUGUAGUCUAGCGGGAGUCAUCAAUAAAACCUUACUGAAAGUUACACAGUAUGACAGAUUGGAUGAAACGGCAGAAUGGAAGCGAUUACAGGCUGUUACAAGAGCAGACAGAAGCCCAGCAGGCUUGGUAUAUGAGAAAAGAGCUACGGUACCCCAGGAGGACAAAAAGCAUUUGUCUUUACACCUGUCAACAAAUCUGAAUCCUGAUACUUGCCAGGCAAGGACCAUCAUUAAACAGGAAGAUAAAAGGCCACUGUCUCCGUCCUUAGUAGCAAUUAGCAAUGUUUUUAAUAAUUCCUAUCCACUGUCCAAUACAUACAAACAGAUGUCGCCUCUUCCUUCUCCUUUAUCCUCAAGUCUGCCUAGCCCACAGCUACACCACAGAAUACUUCCAUUGCCCAUGCUUGACACUGAAGAAGAGUCUGGCGCUAGUGAUGAUUGCCGUUCAAGACAUUCCACUACAAAUUUCUCAUUGGGCAAAGAUUUUGAAGCACAGUUGCAACUCAGGUUUUCUGAAUUUGGACAUCCCGGACUUUCUGUGAGACAACCAGGGCUACAUCAAGCUGCCAGUGAGGACGACUUUGAAAAAAGCACCCUUCAAGACAAAAACCGUGUUCAACUACAGCACAAACUGCACCCAGGUUAG